AUGGCGAAUCCCAGCAGGUUGCUGAGUUCAUUGCUACUGUCUGCUGUGUUUUGGUGCGCUUUGGGUUUGUACGAAGACCAGGCUGGAUUGUUCGACUGGAAGCAAGACUAUGUUGGUAAAGUGCAGCACUUUUACUGGGAGCAGUCACAUUCCCCGGGCAAACGAGUCUUGGUUGCAACUGAGAAGAAUGUUAUUGCCUCUCUGAAUGCACACGAUGGGAGCAUAGUAUGGAGAAGGCUGUUUGAAACGUCGAUGAGAGGGCGUAUCGACCAGUUUCUUCAUCGAGACAGUGUUCUUAUCAGCGUUCAUGCUGGUGGCCAGUUUGUACGCAGCUGGCAAGUGGAAUCUGGCAGCCUCAUUUGGGAGAAAAGUUUGUCCAAUGACGUCAAUAGCUGGUGA